GUGCCCGGAUGCAAAGCAUCACGCUUUAGGACAGUAUAGAAUUCGCGGGUCGUACUGGUGAUCGCACUCCUGCUGCGCAAGUGCGAAUGAGAUAACCACCAAUAAUCACACUAUUCUCAUGCAAAAUGGCUUUAUUCGCGAGAAAUAUCUGCAAAACACUUUCUCAGGCUACUCAAAAGAGCACAGCUAGGACCCUGUAUGUGGGAGCAGUACGACAACAAGAAUCGACAGUUGAGCAAGAAGGAAAGUUAAAAUGUACCUUGAUACCAGGAGAUGGUGUUGGACCAGAGCUGGUGGUUGCAGUUCAGAAUGUAUUCAAAGCUGCAGAUGUCCCAGUUGAUUUUGAGCCUUAUUUUCUAUCUGAAGUAAAUCCAACUCUCAGUGCUCCUUUGGAUCAAGUCUCCAAUAGUAUUGCUAGGAAUCGAGUUUGUUUAAAGGGUAUCUUAGCUACACCCGAUCAUUCCCAUACAGGAGAAUUGCAAACUCUGAACAUGAAAUUGCGCAAAAGCCUGGAUCUAUAUUCGAAUGUGGUACAUGUUAAGUCUUUGCCAGGUAUCAGGUCGCGUCAUCAAAAUGUAGACUGUGUAAUCAUCAGAGAACAAACGGAAGGGGAGUAUUCCGCAUUGGAGCACGAAUCUGUCAAGGGGGUGGUAGAGUGCCUGAAAAUUGUAACUGCUACUAAGAGCCAAAGAAUCGCGAAAUUCGCCUUCGACUAUGCGGUGAAGAAUAAUCGCAAGAAAGUUACGUGUGUUCACAAAGCUAAUAUAAUGAAACUCGGUGACGGACUUUUCCUUAAGUCGUGCCAAGAGAUUGCCAAAAUGUAUCCUAGGAUUACGUUUGAAACAAUGAUCGUCGACAAUUGCACUAUGCAGAUGGUCUCUAAUCCGCACCAGUUCGACGUCAUGGUAAUGCCAAACUUGUAUGGCAAUAUUGUGGAUAAUCUCGCAUCCGGCUUGGUUGGCGGGGCGGGAGUUGUCGCAGGUGCUAGUUACAGCGCCGAAUGUGUCGUUUUCGAACCGGGCGCAAGGCACACGUACUCCGAGGCGGUGGGUAAGAAUGUCGCGAAUCCAACGGCGAUGUUUUUGUGCGCCGUGAAGUUGUUGAAUCAUGUGAAUCUUAAACGUUACGGCGAACAAAUCCGGGAGGCGUUGAACCGUGUGCUGAAUGACGGAAAAGUACUCACAAAGGAUCUAGGCGGGCAAAGUUCGACGACGGAAUUCACCGCCGCUGUCAUAAAUAGCCUGCGUUAACGAUAAGAUAUCUUAUCAUGCAACAUUGGAGGACGCGAUCCUUGAUCUGAAGUCAUCCCGACACCGUUUAUUCGAAUACUUGAAGUGACAUCGACGAAUUUUCUCGUAGUGCUACACCCGUUAUAGAGUAUUGAACGUUGUAAGUUUGUAAAAUCGUGUAAUCUUAGGAAUUUAUUAUAAUCUCCUCUUUUACGACGAUGACGCAUUAUACGCCCUGUAAACAAAGAGAAGAAAAUAUCACUGUCGUUUGAUCGCGAUGUGACGCCGGAGUGCGUGAUUAGUUUAAUAGUACAUGAUACGCACAGUCCUGUGCGCGAAUAUACAUGUAUAUAUAAUAAAUUACGCUACCUCGUGCACACCGUUAAAAAUUGCAAUUAAGUUCCAUUGUUCUGAUUGAGACAUGUCUGCAUAGAGUGAAGUAGUAACUUACCAUCUUCAAUAUCCGUCACUUCAAACAAUAUAAGAAAAUAAUAUCUACAAAAAUUUUAUGAUUUUCGAGACGGUGAUUCUUGUGAGUGUGUGAAAGUAGGAAAUUUCAAAGAUAUUUUUAAAUAAAAUCAUUGCUAUAUUGAA